ACUAGGCUACUCUGCACCCGGUAUCCGCCCAUAUUCGCGCUAAGGCCAAACUCAGCUGAAUCGACAGUAGCAGGCCAAGCGCUGGAUCAAAUGUAAAAUUCAAUUGAUUAAUUUCCUUUCUUUCGUCUGCUUUUUCAAAUAAGUUUAAUCUACAUAAAUGGGGCAGUUUCAUUGUGAAGUAGGAAAUGUAGAGAUCGUGUGAAAAGGGAGGAUUAUCUGCUUGACUUGUUAUUUGGUCGCAACUUCGGACGCGGAACUCCAUACGCUAAAGGUGAAGGAUGACAGAAUACAAGCUGGUGGUGGUGGGAGCAGGAGGUGUGGGCAAGAGCGCGCUCACCAUCCAGCUCAUUCAGAACCACUUUGUGGAUGAAUAUGACCCCACCAUCGAGGACUCGUACAGGAAGCAGGUGGUGAUUGAUGGGGAGACGUGUCUGCUGGACAUCCUGGACACUGCAGGUCAGGAGGAGUACAGCGCUAUGAGGGACCAGUACAUGAGGACAGGGGAGGGCUUCCUCUGUGUCUUUGCCAUCAACAACACCAAGUCCUUUGAGGACAUCCACCACUACAGAGAGCAGAUCAAGCGGGUGAAAGACUCAGAAGACGUGCCAAUGGUGCUGGUGGGGAACAAGUGUGACCUGCCGUCCCGGACGGUGGACACCAAACAGGCUCAGGACUUAGCGCGCAGCUACGGCAUCCCCUUCAUUGAGACCUCGGCCAAAACGAGACAGAGAGUGGAGGAUGCCUUUUACAGUCUGGUACGGGAGAUCAGGCUGUACCGGCUGAAAAAGCUCAGCAAGGAAGAAAAGACCCCGCGCUGCGUCAAGCUUAAAAAGUGUGUUGUGAUGUGAAAGGGGGUGUCGAUGAUGCCUUUUACACAUUAGUGCGGGAAAUCCGAAAACACAAAGAGAAGAUGAGCAAGGAGGGCAAGAAGAAGAAAAAGAAGUCCAAGACAAAGUGUUUACUCAUGUGAAUAAUGACCCCCCCCCCCCUUUUUCAAGAUAGAAAAAAUGUGUUCAAACUGUUUAAUACAUUUUUGUACAUUACACUAAAUUAUUAGCCUCUUUUAUCUAAGUAACCACAACACCGAAUAUCGAAAUGAACCCCUUUUUGUCUGCCCUCAUUUCUUUUGCUAAUUUGAAACUAAGCUUUACUUAGUGUUUAGUGCCAGUUGCCCAGAAGUGUUGGUCCAAUAGGUUGAUUAUCAAUUAGGAGUGGUACACUGUAGGGACAUUUUGGACAAUAGAAAAGCAAGCCUAAAAAGCUUAUUUUCCCUCUGCUAGUACAGCAUUAGCAGAAGAGGUUGUUGGAGUACAUGCUUCUAACAGUAUGGGGGAGAGUUGAAUUCCAUCCGUAGUGCCUAAAAGCCUGUUUUUAGCAUGGGCAACGCCAUUGAGGACUUUCACAAUUUUUAAGUAGUCAACUGGGGACUUACUACGGGUUAUGGAAGGAUCACAUGAUUCCAUCUGGGUCAUCAGGAGAGAUCAGCCAAUUAAUUAUACUUGCGAGCAAACAUUUCAUAACUGCAGGUGGCAGUAAAUUGUCUUUAUACCUGUUCAAAAAGCACACUCCAAGUGGCACUAUGCACCCUUUCAGUUUGUCAACUCGCAGUAGUAGAAGAAGAAAAUUGACUCCUUCAAAAUGGAAAUGGCCUCAAUGACUCUGCCCAUGCUCACAGACGCCAUAAUGGGAAAGAUGCAUUGCUGCGAUUUCUAUCGAAGUUUAUGAUUCCAUUCGAUACCAUAGGACCCUCAAACUCAACUCUGGACCUCAAAGACAGUUCCACUGCAUUUUUCUCAUUGGUUCCCUCUAGUCAGGGACUGAUUUAGACCUGUGCCACCAGGUGUGUGUGCAAUUAUCAGGUAGAACAGAAAAUCAGCAGGCUCCAGACCUUGUAGGUGUUGAGUACCCCUGCCAUAGGACAAGGAGUAACAACGGGGAGUCACGAUCAACACUUGAUUAGGGGAAAUUCCAAAUGUCCUGGCCACUGUGUGUAAUAAUGCCCAUCCUCCUACAUUAGACUCCUAGAUAUGAUUCAAUAAUAUCAUGCAGUUCUUUUAGCAUGCAUAUGAACUUUACUACUGUAUCUAGUUUAAAAAAAUGGUUGCCCAUUUAAUUCACUUGUAAUCUGUUAAUGCUUUUUAAAAAUAAUUGGUGAGCAGUGAUUUCCUGCCUACAGGAGAGACUUUCCUUUUUGCAUGCAAUGUGUUCUUACGGGGAAUGGCACUGUGAUGCUCAUACUGUAUGAUACUGAUACAGCCUCUAGGGCCAGGAACAAGGAGCUCUGUUCCAGUUGGGGGACACAGGUUUUUAUAGUGUUUCGGGACUUGAGUCAAUCCAUAUUCACCAAACCUGAUCUGAUCUUUUGGGUAGAAACCAGUUGUUGAGUGGUGGGAAACCUUCUCAACAACUGAAUUGCUCCAGGUGGCAGGUUUGAAGCAUAAUAUAUUUUUAUAUAAAGAGAGGCAUCAUAACAGCAAGAUUCUGCCAGUGAUUUUGAAAAGGACAUGCAGCUAAUGUUGUGUUGCUCAGUGGCACUGCAUGUUGCUUAAAACCCAUCACAAGCCAGUGUCUCCUGUAGUUAUUUCAUCAUUAGAUAGGAUAUUCCCUGCUCAUUACGAACGUCCUAGAAGAUGAGUUAAUUGUUCCUGAAGAGACCUUGUUUAAGCUAUGAACUUCCCUCUUAUCCUCAGGAUUGGUGUAUUUUGCGUCAUGUUUUGUGUUUUUGAAGGUAGUUCACUGGAGUAACACAUUUGACCUCUCAGCUAAUUGAGCCAGCAAAUCAAGAUCUGGGCUUCCUUGUUACAGUUUAGCAUCUGAAGUGUUGAGUGCAAAAAAAAUAGCAUGCCUAAAUUGAACCUAAACUUUAAACUAAGUCAUCCAAUGUCGACUACGUAGAUGUGUUCUUCGGGUGAACUAUCUUCUUAAAGAAUAGUGACUCAUUGUCUUCAGAUGCAGGACAUAAAACACCCCAACAGAUCCUAACAGAAUAUGCCUUGCACAUUUCCCCAAUCCUUUGUUUUGUAUAUAUCGCUGCCAUAAAUUUACUCUCCUUUUUUGGAUUGGCUAGAUUAGGCAAAACAAAUCUUAAAGGCCUUGUUUUGUCCUACCACUUAUUAUUAUUCUUUUUUAUUUCUACAAAAGAUGCAUCCCAAUAGUAAUGGUGUCAUGAUAAGUGUGUUCAAAAACUGUAUUGUUUAUAUGCAUUUUUCUAAAUCACCUUCGGGUGUUUUUGGGAGUUUGGGUGGGAAGGUGUUGAGGGUUUUUCUGUGCUGGCUUUCAAGUGAAAUGACUCGGCCAGUCCAAUCAUUUUUAUGUCACGUUUAUCUUUCACAGGUUGUUGCAUUCAAGUGAUGUAGUAACUGGAACUGAUGUCUGCAAAUGAGGCAAUAAUUGCCAUUUUAAAUGAGUUUUUAGAGAAAAAAAGUCAAUUGAUAACACGGAAUAUUUGUUUUUCAGGGUCAAUGCAUAUUUCACCACCUUAUUACUAGUUUUUGACCUUGGGGCUUCUUACACAUGGCCUUUUGUGUUGCCAUCGUGCUUCAGUCAGACAGCAUAGGCUUCUCUGUCAGAUCUGUUCAAGAGCUACAAACUCUGUGCUGUUUGAGAGGAACAAGAUUCUAAAUUGAAACAUAAUAUACAAUAUGUUUAGGCUGUUUACACAACCACCCUAAGAACUCAAAUCUGAUUUUCUUUCUUUCUAUAUCCAAUCUUUUCUUCUGACUGUCCACACAGUUUUACAUGUGACCCAUAUCAGAUUUGCACAUUCACACUGAUGUAGCACACAGAUGCAAUGCUCGUUUCCUGCCUUUGUUCCUUUCAAUUUCGGGUGCUUCUUAUGUGCAUAAAAACGCUUCGGAAGAAAAUAAUCUGAUCCGAGGUCGCACAUAGAGGAUCGGGUUUGUAUCAGGGUUAUGAUCUACAUAUGGAGGUGGUAUAAAUCAAAAGUCCAAAGAUCAGAUUCCAUGUGUUUUUUUGCUGUUUACACAGGGAAAAUAUCAGGGGGUAUCAGAUAUGCAAUUAAUUGGCAAUAGAUCUGAAUUGGUGCAGCCUUAGUUCUUAGGAUUUAUCUUUUUUGACCCACUUUGAUUAAAUCCUUUUUGUUACUAAAGUUAGAUAUUAACUGUUAAUGCAUUUUUGAUUAUGGGAACCCAUUUGUUAACAAUACUGCAUCAAGAAAAGUAACUAUAGCGAAAUGUGUUGAAAUGUUCCGCCUCCCUUUUUUUAUGUGCCAAUGGCUGAUUUCUGAGAAAAAAAGUCUAAUUUAUACCUGGAUCGUAUUUUAACAACCUAUUGUCAUACUGAAAGGUGCAUAUUUUGUAAAUUGUGCUUCAUUUUGUUGUUGUCUCUAAAUGAAUGUUGCUUUAAUGGAGUUUUCACUACUCCUCUCUGUUUGUGUAUGAUGGGACUCGGGAGAGUGACUGGGUCCAGGUCUAGGGGAGAGUGUCUAGGUCUAGGGGAGAGUGUCUAGGUCUAGGGGAGAGUGUCUAGGUCUAGGGGAGAGUGUCUAGGUCUAGGGGAGAGUGUCUAGGUCUAGGGGAGAGUGUCUAGGUCUAGGGGAGAGUGACUGGGUCCAGGUCUAGGGGAGAGUGACUGGGUCCAGGUCUAGGGGAGAGUGACUGGGUCUAUGGGAGAGUGACUGGGUCUAGGGGAGAGUGACUGGGUCCAGGUCUAGGGGAGUGAAUGAAUGACCACUGUUGAACACAUCAGUAGAGAUCUCUCUUUGGGAAGUGUGUGGUGAUCUGAUCACAGAUCCAUUUUUUCCAUGAAUCUCACCACUCCUAUUUAAUGUGUAAUAAAGAAAUGAGGAAUUG